UAUUUUUAAUGUGACACAAACAGUUGCACAUGUGUUUCCUAGUGGUUGUUUUGCUCAUUUCAAACACUAUUACUUCAAGCCCUCCACUAGACAGUCAGAAUGAAGCAAACUGAGGCACAAUCAGACAGAGAGAGCCUCUAUCUGGAAGUGUCCAGUGUGAACGGAGCCGUGUCUCUCCCCCUGCACUCCUCUAUCGUCCUCUUCCUCCUCUCCUACACAGAGUGCUCAUCUUUCCACGCCUGCCUGGUCACAGAUCAAGCAGACAUCCUGCCGUCCCUGUCAGGGCUGGUGCCCGGGGGUCUCACUGUGUCUGGGGUGAGGAGGGACGAGCUGCCACGGCUGGUUAAGAUGUGUCGUCUCCCCGCUGCGCUGGAGCCUGAUGUUUGCUUUUGCAGAGCCGGCUUAGCUGUCGUACUGAGACACAUAAUUAAGAGUGCAUGCCAGCUAAUGCCAAGCCGUAGGGAUGUGGCGUCCCUCUUGGGCUUCAAGAACACCUGUCUCAAGGCUUGUGCUGAGGUGAGUCAGUGGACUAGACUGUGUGAGCUGGACAUUCCCUCUGCAGUGGAGGAACACUUACGAAAUCCUGAAGACCAGGUGUGUCGACUUCCUGCUGCGAUCCUGAACUUAGAGAAGAGGUUAGGGGAACCCGUCAAGGUCCACAAUGACGACAAGAUUCGCAGACAGAAGCUACAGCAGCAGAAGAAGAGUGAUUCUCAACUAAAAGGCCCCAGCACAGAGAGUGAAGACCGCCUGAAUGAAUCCCACCCUGGAGUUGAGCUCAGUGCUGCUCUGGCGAAGCUCUCUGUGGCCGCGGUUCCUUCUCCCUCCACCAGAGAGAGCUCUGACAUCAGGAAAGUCAAGAGCACAGACCUUCCAGAGCUGGAGCAUGUGUUUGCAGAAGGGCUGUAUUUCACCCUCACUGAUGUCGUCCUGCUCCCCUGCAUCCAUCAAUACCUGAUCUCCAUCCAAAAGCACACCCCCUCCACCCUGUCCCGUCUGCCCUUGCUGCUGAGAUGGUACCAGCGCGUGCAGGAGCUCCCCAGCGUACUGAGGGCCGCAAAGGAUUGUGGGAUGGCCCUCUUCAGUCCCAGCUCGGUCGACCCUUGCCCUCCUCAGCCAGAGGCCCCACGAUCCAGUGGAGCAGAGCAGGACGGCCCCAAACUUAAGCAAGAGCCCUUCAUCGGGGGCCCGAGGCCAACUCUCACCAAACUGCAAGAAAAUGGGAUAGACGCUGUUUACAGCCCUCACCCUUGCCCGUCGUGGACUGUUGAUUGGGAGAGCCUACCAAUGGCCGUCAACCCCACUGAAGGUAAGAUGUCAGACGCCCGCGCCGUGCGCAAACAACAACAACUCAACAACCUGCUUGCCAUGGUGACGGAUCUGGCCCACCCGGGGAACACUGUGGUGGAUUUCUGCAGCGGGGGGGGGCACGUUGGGAUUGUUUUGGCGUACACGCUUCCUAAAUGUCAGGUUAUUCUCAUUGAAAAUAAAGAGGAGUCUCUGGUCAGGGCCAGAGACCGAAGUGCUCAGCUUGGAUUGACAAACAUGGGCUUCAUCCAGACAAACCUCGACUACUUCACCGGAAACUUCAAUAUCGGGGUGGCCCUGCAUGCGUGCGGAGUGGCAACAGACAUGGUGUUGGAUCGCUGCCUCCAGGCGCGGGCGGGAUUCGUCAUUAGUCCGUGCUGCUACGGGUUCAUUCAAAACACACUCAAGUUCAACUUCCCCAAGAGCACGAGGUUUGCGGAGACUUUGAGCUAUAAGGAGCAUAUGAUCCUGUGCAGGUUUGCAGACCAGACAGCUGUCAGUUUACCUCUGGAACGGCGAUUAAUCGGGAAGCGCUGUAUGGGACUAGUGGACUUGGACCGCAGUUGGGCCGCCGAGACUCAUGGGUAUUCUGUGAGAGUGAUGACUAUGGUCCCUGAGGGCUGCUCGCCUAAGAACAAUAUGCUUGUGGGCUUUCCUACAACAUAACACUGACUCACUGAGAAAUACCCACAUCAAGACAAUAUUCAGGACUACAAAAAUAUUGUUUCAUUUAU